GAAGGUCGAGAAGGUCGAGAAGGUACUGAUGAAGGCGUUCUCUGAAAGGGUUCGUAUUCUAAAAAAUUCAAAACCUAAAAUUCGUGUAGGAUCCAAGAAAAGAACUAAGAUGAGUUCAGAUACGUCUAAAGCUAGGAGCGAAGAGUUUCUUAGCGGGGUUGUUGAAGGUUUCUAUGGAAGACCGUGGACACUUGAACAGCGCAAAGAGUUGUUUUUGAGGAUAAAGAAGCUGGGAAUGAAUACUUACUUGUAUGCUCCCAAAGAUGACCUCAAACACAGAGCACUGUGGAGAGACCUCUAUAGUCCAGAAGAAACUGAGAAUUUAAAACAGCUUAUUGUAUCAGCAAAGGAAUGUGGUAUAACUCUCUACUAUGCCUUGUCCCCUGGACUUGAUAUAUUAUUUUCAAGCUCAAGAGACGUACAGCUGCUCAAACGAAAAAUGGAUCAGGUGCAGAAGCUUGGUUGCACAGCAUUUGCUCUGUUAUUUGAUGACAUUGAUCCACAGUUACACGGUGCUGAUCUUGAUGCAUUUAGUUCAUUUGGAGAUGCUCAGGUGGAAAUCACAAAUAAUGUGUACAAACACUUGGGAUGCCCAAGCUUUCUGUUUUGUCCAACAGAAUAUUGUGGCACAAGAGCCAUUCCAUCUGUAGAGACAUCUGACUACCUUAUCACACUGGGAAACAAACUGAACCCAAAGAUAAACAUUAUGUGGACAGGUCCCAAGGUAGUCUCAAAAGUGAUCAGCACUCAAACUAUUGAAACACUGACAAAUGUGCUGAAGCGCAGACCUGUCAUAUGGGACAAUAUUCAUGCAAAUGACUAUGACCAGCGUCGAGUCUUCUUGGGACCUUAUGAUGGAAGGCCAGUAGAGCUAAUCCCCAUGCUCAAUGGAGUACUGACCAAUCCUAACUGUGAGUUUGAAAGUAACUUUAUUGCUGUCCACACUCUUUCUUCAUGGUUGAAAGAUUCCUCACUUAGCACUGCUGAGGAACCUAUGAGUAUUGAUUCAAAGGCAGAGAAGUCAAGUAACUCUAGUGAGCCUAUGGAGGAAGAUCUUCUUGCCAGCAUAGAGAGUGAAGGAAAUGAAAACACCAAUAAAGAAACUGAUCAAGGCACAGCUGAAGAAAAUAGUUCUCCAGAAACAGAUAGUGAAAGUGUCAAGGUAGAGGGAGCUAUGGAAACAGAGAGUGGUACAUCGCUAAGUGAAGCUAAGAGCACCACCAGUCGCAUUGCUUAUAACCCCCAAUCUGCUCUGCGAGAGGCUGUGUCUGCUUGGCUAGAGGAAUUCUCUAAGGUAAAAGCUGCUACUUCCAGAACCUAUGCAAAAAGUGGUGCCUACAGUAUGACGCCAGAGUCCAUGGCAGUUCAGGUGCAAGCCCCUAUGGUAGCUCAAACUACAUCAACUACAAGUGCUACUUCUCCUGUUUGUUCACCUGUAGUGAAUGCCUCACCAAUAAAGGUUGCAAAGGAAAAUAGUAGGAAAAAGCUGGCCACUUCUCCUUCCCCAGAAACUAAGAUUGAAGAAGUGGUAAAGAAGGAGCAAGAGAUGCCAAUGGAGGUGAUGGAAGUAAAAGAGAAACCUGCAAUAACACCACUGAGUGUUGAGGAUCUACUGUUGUUGGUAGAUUUAUUCUACCUGCCAUACAAUCAUGGUCAAAAGGCUAUGCAGAUUAUUGCUGAUUUUAAAUGGCUUAAGUUCAACGCAAUAAAAGAGGAUUCACAAGAGUUUAUGGAGCUUACUGAGCAAGAACAGAAAUAUAAGUUAUCAGAAUGGACUGAGAGAGCUGAAAAGUUCCACGAAAUCUGCCGAUCAGUGGGAGAGAUGUUUGUAAGAUUAACAGAAACCUCCAACAGAGCAUUGCUGUAUGAUCUCUAUCCAUAUGUAUGGGAUGUCAAGGAAGUCCUACAGUUACUAGACACAUUUGUGAACUGGUUAAGUACAAAGAAUAAGAGGAAGAAACAAAAGGGACAGAGCUUUUUCCCUGAGGACCCUGAACCAUGGGUGUUUAGAGGAGGUCUGUGUGGAGAGCUGCAGAGACUGUUACCAAUUGAUGGAGGACAUGAAGUGUUUAACUUGAGGGCUCCAGAAAUUCCUACCACCUGUAUCUACACCAUCAGACCAUAUCAAGCAGAUGAUGAGAAAUCCUUGUAUGAAAUUUGUGUGUCCACUUGUGAUGACUGGGGAGAUGGCCAUGACUUAUUUCCUGACAAACAAUUCAAUAUGGCAGGAGACAGGUUUGUUGGUCCAUAUCUGAAGAUCUGUCCUGAACAUGUGUUUGUAGUGGAAGAUGGUGAUGGCAUUUGUGGUUAUGCAGUAGCAGCUCCUGAUUCCAAACACUUUUAUGAGCAGUUCAAAAAACACUGGCUUCCAGAGGUUUGCAAGAAGUACAAGAUGCCAGCUGGGAAUUCACCAGAGUGGACGUAUGCUGAACAACUUGCCAAUAGCUUGCACAAUCCAAAAAUAUUCCUUCCUGAAGAUGUGUGUUUAAAGUUUGGUGCUCAUGUACAGAUCCAUCUUCUUCCCAGAGCACAGGAUCUUGGUCUUGGCAAGCGGUUGUUAGCUUGUGUUCUUUCUGCACUCAAGGCUGAAGACUGUACUGGUGUGCACUGUGAGAUAGCAACCACAAACAACAAUGCUCUGGACUUCUACACCAAAUUAGGAUUCUAUGCUAUUCCCCUCAAGGAUCCAGCUCCUCCUGACAUGCUUAUCUUUGGUAGAACAUUUUAACAAGAUUUGUUUCGUAAUUGGAUUUAUCAUUGUGAUCUUCUUCUUCUGUGGAAAAGUGGUGUUCUUUGUAUUGAUACUUUGGGGUAGUGAGUUUGCAGGACUAACCAAGAUCCCUUGUAAUUUUAUGUCUCCUAAAUGUAGAUGAUAUUACAAAAAGUUAAAUACCUCAAGUUUUGGUUGUCAUGAACUCUAAGGUUUAAAUUGAUGAAAAUAGUUUUGUGUUGUAUAGUGUAUGGCCAUGGCAACUGUAUCAUAGAGAAAAAUAUCCAAAUAGAGUAUGAAAAUUGAUUGGCCAGAGUUCAAGCUGGUCAGUGCUAUUCAUGACUUAUGUGGGAAAUAAAUUUUGAACAAAUUUCAUUUUUUAUGCAAGAUACAAAGUAUUUAAUGAAUCAAAAUAAGGUUGAUGUGGCCUUUGAUUUUACACAUUUUGAGUGAACCCUUUUACUCCCAAGAUCACAUUAGUUGUUCUCCUUACUGUCUGCCAUACAAUUCUUGUGAUUUUAGUUCUGAGAAUUUGGUAUAGGAUUAGCCAACAAUUCCCUAACUGAAAUUUUUCUCUAUUCCCAACACUUGUCUGCUUGAUAUUGUAUUGAUGUUGUAAGGAGAAAUUCUGUCUUGGUCACUCAUGGGAGUUAAAGGGUUAACUGACAGUUACGUGUAAGAUGCAAGGAUAGACUAAGAGAUAAGGAACUAGAAAUUUCACCUUACUCCUAGCUCAAUAUUCCCAUAUAAGUUGUCGUGGGAAGCAACUUUUGUUUCAGAACCCUUACGGAGUAUAGAGAUUGUUGAUGAAAAUACAUCCUCGGCUUUUUUAAGUCAUAUAGUUUUAGGGACUUGGUGUCCAAACUUAAGCCUAAUUCUUCGACAUCUUCCGUGACGUAGUUAAAAAAAUCUGGGUUAAAUGUCGAUUAAUUUAGUGUACCAGCUGUUGAUCUUUCUAACAAAAGCACAAACCAAAUCUAGAACGGCACAGAUCGUUUAUUUGUGUCAUGAGAAAAAAUACACUAAAAAAGAAAAUAUUUGGUUAAAUGUCUAACUUUGCUUUUGUGAAAGUUAGCAAAUGGUUUUCUGUCACCCUUUGCUUUUUUCAAAAGCACUGUUUGGAGUCAAUUACAGAUAAGGAGUUGAAGGAGUUACCUCGCGGUUAGCGUAUACUCAUUCCUUUUUGCGAAUGUUUUCACUUCUCUGCUGUUUUGCUACUUUGUGUCUGCCUUUGUGAAAGCGUCUUUACGAGUUACCUCUUGAAAUAUCGUGAAGCGCUCUUGGGGUCGUCACACAGUUCUUCCUCCCCUCGUGGGGAGGAACGACUUCGUGACGGGCUCAAGAAUGUCUACAUUAGUUUAGACUAAUAAUGUCCCUUCUGUACUUUGUCGACGAGUGUUGAGAGAAAAUUUGAAAGACUUAAUACCUCUACAACAAGUGGCGAGCCUUGUUGUUGUUAUAAUAGUACUUGCGUCAUGUUGAGGCUCGUUCUAAAAGAACGCGCUGAGUCAAUCUCCUUUCCAGGGUCACUUUUCUACUCGCCCUUGGGUUGGGGGAUUGAAAGAGCCUGGGAAGGAGGUUGCGCGUCGCACCUCCUGGAUGUUGGGAGGGAAUUUAGUUUUAUGUCAGCAAGGACUGCAAAAAAACUGUUAUUGCGUCAGUGAUAACAUCGAUGAAAUACUAUUUUACCUUAAGGUGUAAAACUCUAUGCGAAUGGCUGAUGCACAGAAUAAAGAUCGUUUUCAAUCGA